UUUCGACAAGUACAAUUGACCAGCAACGGGCGUUCGCCUCUCAGUUCAAGUCUGUAACUCCCCAAGAAGGCUCCGCAGACAGCGUUGACUGGCCACAGAUUGACGAUCAAUUAUACCAGACGCUGCGCAAGCGCCUCCAUAGUGUUGGGCCGGCGCCCAAGAUUCGACUGUAUGGACCAGAUGAAGAUCUUUUUCAAAAAGACCUCGAGAAGUGGAAAGAAAGAGACUCUCAAGAAGACCUCAAGAAAGGGGUAGAAGGAGAAAAAACAGGAGACCUCGACGACGACGAGUGGAAGAAGUUGAAAGGAGACCUCGAAGAGAGGAAGAAGAGGAAUGAAAAAGAAAAAAAAAAAGUAGCAGCGGAGAAGCUCAGUAAUUUUUUUGAUGCCGUCGCAGAUCGUAACAGUGUGAUGAAGUGCUUUGCCGUCACAUCAGGAAUGAUAUCCACAGAGGAAUCUUUGGAUGAGUACGUCCGCAGCGUGUCGGGGAAGCUGCGUGAUCCUCUUCCUCACGGAUUUGCGCAACUUGAGUCGGAGGAAUCGUUUGCAAAUCCCCCUACGCCAGAGGAUGUCAAGCUCCUGAGGACCACUGUUGCAAAAUGCGAGAGCUUUUUUCAAGCAGGACAAAAUGUGUUAUGACUACUACACUGACUGAUAAGGAUUUUGCAUCAGGGUUUCUUCAGCUUCUCCUACAGCGUGGCAUUCACCUAGCGUUUCCACGGUGACACUGUGUGACAAGGAUGCUAAAGAUUAGAAAAAUCGCAGAGCUUGUCUGAGACCAGAUGACUGAUUGUGAUAUCCGACAUCAUGUUCAUGAAUCAGUCUAAUCUUGCUGGGCCAACAAGGUGCGGACUGCAGCGAUGAAAGUAAGAAUAUGAUCAAGAACAUCCUUCCCCCGGAUACGCGAGAUGAAGACCUUACCACUGAACUUCUCGUAAGCAACAUGCUAGGCACACCCGGCCUGUAUGGCGCUGCGUUUAACUUUUAUGGAACAGUGGGAGUGGAAGGCACACAUCAUGGGUCUGCUACUACUGAGACUCAGCAGGGAGAUGCACCUACACCGAAGUAUGCCGUGAAGCACAUGGCAUUUCUUGAUGAUGGAAAAGGAAGCAUCGACUCCGCCAUAAAAAAACGCACAGACGAAUUCUGCAUGAAUCUAGUAGUCACCGCUCUCCAGGCGAACCCUGCAUGGAAGGAGAGCAGCGCCGAUCCUAGUACAGAUAGUCCACCAUACAAGUACAUUCCUGCGCUGCAUGAGAUUCAUCUUUAUGAAGGUGUAUAUCGAGGGCGGACGCAAAUUCAUGCUCUCCUAGUCAUGGAUCAAAUGGCUGAUGGGACUCUAGCGGAGUAUCUCGGUCGAACGCAGCCAGACCGCCGAUUUAAGCCAGGCGCUCUCCUACAAAAGCUCUAUUUUCUUCGGGCCUUGCUGAGAUCGUAUGACCAGCUUCUCCAGGAUUAUUUCUUCAUCCACGAGAUCGCGCAAAUAUCCCACAACAACAUCAACCCGGCUAACAUCGCGACGCCGAUGAAAAAACUUGCCAUUUUAUGAAGUCGCUUAAUGUUAAUUUUUCCUUCUCGACGUCGAUAAAGUUGAUUGAAGAUAGUAGGGUAGAGCCUUCCGGUCUCAUAGGUAUGCGUGAGAGUUUACGGGAUUUUUUUUGACUGUCAUUAUACGUAGCAGGACCGGCACUAGCUCGUAGUGGUCGACGCCUGGCGACUUCAUAUGUCGCAAAAGUACCUUCUUCAUAUUGUCUCGGGCCGAGGAUGGAUUUAGCGGCCCGGUCGCUGAUCUUCGAUUUCGGGCAUUCGAAAUGGAGCUGGAAAAACGAGGAGCAAGUUGACGGAGUGCACAACUAUCGCUCCGAUGAGUGGUCUAUGAGCGUGAUGUUCCUCGAGCCCGUGGCGGGUCCUAUCGUGUAUGCAAUCCAAAGCCGGGCAAGCGAUGUCACAAUUAAUAGGCCUUCGCAGUGUUCCGACCUUGCUAAGGGUAAGGUCGAUGUUUUCUCCGGUGCUUUACCCUUCGGCAGUGAUGGCCUUAUGGAUAUCGUGACGCAGAAAGGUCAAGUGGGUCGCUUUCAGGAUAAGUAAUCAAAGCGACCCCAACGCCAUGACUCGUCCCAGAUGAAGUAAACUCUAAUCAAACGGCUGACCCUGACAGUUCAGGACACGUGGAUCGAGUAGGAGUUCUUAGCAAGUGGUUACUUCGAGACGAAACCGGGACCGGCGUAAAUCCUGAGCCUUUUCAUUGGGCAGUGCGGGCACUGUUUUUCCUUACGAGAAAGUGGGGGCUUCAGUGCGAAGACUCUCCUCCUCCGACUUGGACUCCAGUCAAACGUGGUCAAACAGUGCGAUGGAGACGGGAUCUGCGCCGUCUGCGUCUUCUGUUCGAAGUUGCCUUCUCCGAUAUGAAAGUAGGGGACACGAAGUUCGCAGAGCAGUUCAUGACAAAGUGGCAGAGCGGCAUCAUUCUUGGAGAAAGUGGCGCACCAGAUGAUUCAAAAGUAUACGAGUCACUAGACCAGCUGCUCUCGAGUUUUGGAGAGACUCAAAUUCGAUUGUAUAGACCAGACGAUGAUCUUUUUCAAAAGGACUCAAAGACGUGGACACAGAAGUGGCGAACAGUAGACUGGGAUAAAAUCGGGAGCAGGAGCAAGCAGGGGUCCUCCUUUAUCAGUUUUGUGGAGCCAGCCAGCGUCUCGGGAUUCUUCCCGCCUGGCAAGUGGCUUGAGGAGGCAACAGCGAGGCACCUGACUGCGAGCAGUGAGCGGAUGAACAGCACGCUGACGUCUUCUCGCGCCUACUUUGCAGCAAGGAUGGCAGACAUCUACAACGCCGAAACAGAGCUCCUCGCCGUGUGGUACUACAACGAAGUACUGACUGACCUUAGGCACGUGGGCAACAUCGAGCCCAACCUUGGGGACCGACGCGCCAGCCGGGAGCACGGGUUUGGCAACAAGAGCGCAACUGUGCGAAACACACCAUCGAGCACAGGCGGCUUGAAGAAUACUUAUAAUUAUAUUAAGGCCUGAGAAAAUCCAUCCUGCCCAGCAUCUUGCUCCUGUUUUGAAAGGAAAAAGGGCACGAAGAUGCUCACCAACUUGAAUUCCUGCAAGUUCUAACUAUAGUACCGCGUCUGGUGUCCGUGACCGCCUGCAAGACACCGACACACCCGUCGCCGAAGACACGCUUGUCAGCAUCAACGCCGAGCAAGAAGGGGCAGUGUUCUCACUUGAUGACGCUCUUGCCACCCGUCUUGGAAAGUUCAUAACGGAGGCACCGUCCGACGGAGUCGCGCUUGUCCACUUCCGCUUAUCUUUGGACUCCUUGGAGCGAAUCAUUACGGCUCCACAAGCACAACAGCAAAUCAAUCUACUUUAGAUGAUCUACUCCUACAAUCCCGCUGACCUAGAAUGAUCGUUUCCGUUAUAAUAUAAUGUCUGGCCUUGCCGUCAAGGUAGAAUGUAUGAGGCCACACGCUACUUGCGUAGCCGUACUAGGGUAGUAUCAAUUUAUAGUUGAGUAAGAUAAGGACUACCACUUCGGUAGACUCUAUUCGCCUCUAAAUUCAGCCCGACACCGACUUCGUUGCACACAUGGACGCCCACGGGUGGCGGGGUAACCGCUUUCGGCGACUUACUCGAGAAUGAUUACGCGGGACACAAUGACACUGGAGCCUCUGGCGUCUUGCUAUCAGGCAUACCGGACGUCUACAGGCUAAAUGCUCAGGGUAGCUACGGCGUUGAUGGUUUCAGCCUCAUCUCCGGCAGGGUUUUAAGGCUAGUCGUUCAAUCGUCGUUGGCUGGGUUCGUUUAUUUUCAGUCUUCUCACUCACAGAGUUUGUUUUUGUAGAUGAAUAAUGUUGAACAGAGGAGUGUGAACAAACUGACUGAUGAAAGGCAUAUGCCUACUCGAUUCGAUUGUAAGUGAUUAACUUCGGGAACAGGUUAGUCGUUUCUUGAAGUUGAAGUCGGGGAAUCACUCCUGGAGUGAAGGCGCUAAGAUUCUUCGGAUCGCUUGCGUGGCGUGGGUUCCAGAUCUUGCAAGGGUUUGACACCAUCUCAUCCCGCUGCUCCCUCUACUCUGCAUUGAUUGCUUCUGCUUCCGAUUGGCAUGCUGCGGCUGCUUUUUACCGUGAGUAUGAGUCCCUUUACAACCGUGGUGGGCGACUUGAUGACACGAGGCUGCUCCUACAUAGUCUAGCGGGCUGGCAGUAUCUACUCGGCCAGACGAGCCACGCAGGCACUGACGCAUUAGAGGGCGGCAGCUUCCACCGCCUGUUCACUAUGCUGCUAGUGGAAGCACCUGACUGGGAGUUGGCUCUCACAUUCUACCAUCAGUUCCACCGCCAUGCCCGGUUGCUUUUAUUGGAGCCGCUGACGGGUACCGGUACCGAAGAGAACGCUCCUCCCGGGCUCGCCUCAAUAAACAGCACUUUGCUCGCUUCUGCUGUGGUCCGUCUGUCUCACUCUGCUGCAAAGUUGCGGGAUACACUCCAGGUGCGUUUGGACUUCCCGCAGGGCCGUGUAAUGUCUGGUCUUCCCCUGAGUUCAGCUUUGAAGGCCAGAGUCGGAAUUUUUUCUGCUCUCAUGGCAGGCGCGCUGACUGAUGUUGCAGCCAUCCUCUACUACAUGGAGGGCAGGCUCGAACUUGCAAGCAGUGCCAACAGUACUUCCGGGUCUGGGAUGUUAUGGAGGCUUUCCUCGAUCAUAAUUUCUAUUUCUUUUUCGUCUUCUAAAUUCACAAUCUUUGAGGUCAUCCCAAUUUCUGAGCGAAAGCUGAGUUAUCUAUUAUAUAUAUAAAUAUAUUUAAUCGCUGUUGCUACGUGUAUUAUAUCGCUAUUAUAUUUAGUCGCUGUUAUAUUAUAAUGUUGCUACGUGUACUUGAAGUUCUUGAAAGAUAUUUCGAAGGAUGUUACGGUUAAUUUUCCAGAUUCCAGAUGAAUGAUGAUGAUGUUUUCAUAUGUCUUGGUCUUCUUUUUCUAAGAAUAAGGAUGCUCCCUGGAUCCAUGCUGCUAUCGGCGCGUGCUCUCCUACUCGAUUCUCUCGCUGACGCACUUUCUGCACGAGUGUGGCCCACCGUGUAUGACAAGAGCGACUUGCGGAAGGCUGAGCGCUUCGCUGCAACUGUGAUCCGUAUGGCACCCGAUGAACACGCCGCAGCCGCUUAUCAUCGCAAGUAUCUGAAGCGCGCUCCUGACUUAAGCCACCGUGCUUACGAGAUACUGGGCACCGCCGUGGCCAAUCACCAGGCCGAACGCAGGCGAAACCAAAUAGAGCAGCCGGAUACACCUGCAGAGGAGCUUCCAGUGUUGUUGCUUUCGAGAUAUCUGCUCUCCGAAGAGGGAAGAAUCGAGGAGGCGAGUGCUGACAAUGAUGAAGAUGAUGACUUGGAGUAGUCAGCGCAGAUCUUUUGAGAUUUGUGAAUCUGUGGAUUUGGUUGUGGACAAAAGCCUACGCACCAUGAAUGAAGGUACCUGUUUGGAUCUUGAGUGAGCUUUUAAACAUGGAGUAAAUGAUGAGCACCGUUUUUUUUUGAUACAGAACAUCUACUACAGAACAUUUCUUUCUACCACUACAACAGAACGACUUGCUCUACCUCCAAGACUGUUCUCUACCUCUGCAAGGCAACGACUCUUUAUUACAUACUUGUCUACUCCUCAACUCAGCACCGGUAAAAGCGCGAGGAGAUGUGCGAGAUCAAUACACUUACACAGCGGAGGGAAGAUGAGAGAUAUUUCUUGGACGACAUGAGCCGAUCGCGUUUGUUCCUGUGCACUCUGCUGCUCUCUUGCCACGUGCGUGGGCAGAUUUCAAGGUUUUUGUCACGUCAACUUUCUCCGCCGUUUUUUUUUGAUACAGAACAUCUACUACAGAACAUUUCUUUCUACCACUACAACAGAACGACUUGUUCUACCUCCAAGACUGUUCUCUACCUCUGCAAGGCAACGACUCUUUAUUACAUACUUGUCUACUCCUCAACUCAGCACCGGUAAAAGCGCGAGGAGAUGUGCGAGAUCAAUACACUUACACAGCGAAGGGAAGAUGAGAGAUAUUUCUUGGACGACAUGAGCCGAUCGCGUUUGUUCCUCUGCACUCUGCUGCUCUCUUGCCACGUGCGUGGGCAGAUUUCAAGGUUUUUGUCACGUCAACUUUCUCCGCAGCUGCUAUUUCGCUGAACUACUCGUGUCAUACCUGUUUUGCAGUUAACACAUUCAUUUUUUGACCCCCAUUGCUUUUGUAUUCAAUAAAUAUUAUCAACUUCUCGACCCCUGCAACAUGCAGGAGUUACUUAAGAGUAGAAAUGUGAAACUAUCUACUGUCUUCCCUUUUCGAGCAAUUUUGGUUUGAUGGAAGUUCAUCGUCACAAUGGACCCCAACGCCGAGCCCAACCCCAACAAUCUAUAACACUGUUUCAUCACGAC